AUGAGCUAUUCUAGUCCUCCUCGUAAACGCGUCAAGCUCGAUCCGCCAUCGCUGCCACCAGAAAUCCAAGAUAAAGAGGAAGAAAACUGCAGCAUAUGUCUACAAGCCCUCGUUGAGCUUCGACUGUCUUGUUGUUUGGACUGGAUAGUGAUGUAUGAUUUAGAGCAAUCGAGGAAGUGUCCAUUGUGUACUCAGACGAUUGGGGAGUACCUUAUCCAUCGGAUCCGGUCGCGGUACGACUAUCAGAAGCAUUAUUUGGCGCCUCUGUCACAGCCUGGACUGUUGCCAUUACGCGCUGCACUGCAACGGGAACCCGAUGUGCGUAGACGAAGGCGUAGGAGGGAGUGGGGUAGACGAGACCAGGAAGAGGCGGAUAAGCUGGAGCGUUCGAUAGAGAAACGGCGGUGUGUGUACGAGCACGGGCUGUACGCGAAGGCGCCCUCAAAUACGUAUACAAAGUACCGGCCAUACCCCACCCCGGCACAGUUCGCUGCGAGCCAAGAGAUGGUGAGCAAGACGACAAUGUUUCUGAGGCGCGAGUUGAGAGUUUGGGAUGAUCUAGACGUCGAGUUCUUCACGACGUUCACAAUAUCAUUCAUGAAGUCAAUUGAUAUACGCUCAGAGUCGGCUGUGAAGCUACUGGCGGAAUUUUUGGACAUUGAUACUGGUGGAAGGGUUAUGGCAGAGCAUUUUUCUCAUGUAGAGGUCUACUCGUAUGUGCGAUCGCCGUUCAAGGACUUGUUCGUAUAUGACUCUGCUGUUCAAGUGAGUGACCCUUACACUGCCCAUAUAUCUCUCUGUAUUCACAGCUGCGUCACCAGUAUGACGUGCCUCAUGUGA